AUGGACAAGGUUCUGGAUACCGUCGGCGCAAUGCCGUAUGAAGACAGACAUGCCACUGGACACGAACUGGAUACAAUGUUGCUGUCAUGCACCUUCAAUGCAAAGCACUGCUCACCAGAGAACUUUACAAUGUUCUACAACUACCGCUAUGGUAAUUGUUUUACUUUCAACUCUGGACGAGAGAGCACACCCAAACUGAAUGUCACUAAAUCUGGACCAAACUAUGGUCUGUCGAUGGAGCUGUUAAUUGAGCAACAUCAGUACAUACCGGAUUUGGAGAAUGGUGCUGGGGUUCGGAUCAGCAUCCACAACCAAUCUAGCAUGCCAUUCCCCGAGGACAAAGGAACAAACAUUUCACCAGGGCGGGAAACAUUCAUUGGAGUUCAUAAAAGUUUUGUACAGAGGCUACCAUCUCCUUACGGUGACUGCCAGCGUGUCUUCGAGGAGAGAAAUAUCUUUAAAACUGAAUUUAAUCACAUCCAUUAUACCCAGAAGGCUUGUCUAAAAGACUGCUACUUCAAAGAGGUUUUGGAGAAAUGUCAUUGUGCCGAUGUGAGAUAUCGAUACGACGAUAGUUUACUUGCUUGUAACACUACGGUAAAUGGAAUGUGCAUCGAAAGUAUUGAAACAAGUUACGCAGAUGGAACUUUGAACUGCUCUUAUUGUCAAAUGGAGUGCAGUGAGGUGAUAUUUGAUAAAGUUGUCAGCAGUUCUGUAUGGCCCAGCCGUUUAUAUAAGGACACACUGACUUGGAAAAUAUGGGACCGAAUGAAUAGUUCACGCAGCCUUAUUGAAAAAGAAGACAAAUUCGUGGAAGAUAACUUACUUCGAGUGAACGUGUACUUCGAUCAACUUGAAUAUGAGGAUAUUAACCAAGGCCCAGCAUAUGAUGUUACUUCACUGCUGGGCGAUCUGGGUGGCAACGUUGGAUUGUGGAUCGGUGUUUCUGUGUUGACAAUGUUUGAGUUCCUGGAGCUCGUUCUGGAUAUUGCUUAUCUGGCGUACCAUGGCUGCCGUAUGGUCAGUGAAAAGAGUGUAGUAAUCUAAGUAGUUGAGCGAGACGUUGUCUUCAGCCGACGCCAUCUCGGGAAACUCUGAUGGCCGCCUUCAACGCACCCCAAUCAAAUAUAAUAUCGAACUGUGAAAGUUUUGGUUCGUCGCUUUGCUUCCAGAGAAAGACGCCAUGGCUAAUCACUACACCAACCCACGCUGGGGCAUGUAUAACGGGUUGCACACCUAUAUUCCGACACCCCUAUGUUCCGACACCCCUUUGUUCCGACAAUUCAGCCUAUAUUCCGACUACCCUAUGUUCCGACAGCCCAAUA